AAAAAAAAAAUCCUAAACCCUUUUGUUUUUCCCCAGAACCCUAAUUCCGCAAACGCAACCUGUCUUCUUUGCGCCGUCUUCUCACCGGAGAAUGAGUUCAACUACGGCUGAUCUUCCGCAGCGAAACCAGUCGAAGGUUGACCCGAAGAACGUUAACAGAGCCGUGAAGUCUCUGCUAAAAUGGUGGGACUCCAAAUCCAAGACCGAGAACGACGGUUUCGUCUAUCUAACCGUGACACUGAAGAGAAUCCCCCAGUUGGAUCGUACGAACCCUUUGAUGAUCCCUCUUCCUCAUCCUCUCAUCGAUCUGGCCGCCGAAGAUUCGCCGGAGCUCUGUUUGAUUAUCGACGACAAACACAAGAACAAAAUCACAAAGGAAGCGGCUUUGAAGAAGAUCGAAGCAGAGAAUAUUCCAAUCACCACAGUGAUUAAGGUCUCCAAAUUGAAAUCCGAUUUACGCAAAUUAGAGGAGGAGGAGAAGCGAUUCGAGUUGUAUUUCGCGGAGAGGAGGCUAAUGCCGAUUUUGCCGAAGCUGUUGGGGAAAGAGUUUGUUAAGAAGAAGAAGAAUCCGAUUGCGAUUAACUUAAGACACGGUAAUUGGAAAGAGCAGAUUGAAAAAGCUUGUGAAUCGGCUUUGUUCUUCGUUGGUACGGGUACUUGCAGUGUUGUUAAAGUAGCGAAAUUGUCAAUGGGAAGGAAGGAGAUUGCAGAGAAUGUUGUAGCGGCCAUGAAUGGGAUUGGUGAAUCAGUUCCUGGUAAAUGGAAGAAUGUUAAAUUGUUUCAUCUCAAGUUGCUUGAGAGCUUGGCAUUGCCUGUUUAUCAAUCAGUUGCUUGAUCAAAAUGUUUAAAGAAGGUGAUGGAUGAUCUGGUUCCAAUUAGUUUUUCUCUUAUGUGAUGCAUGGUUUAGAUUAUGCCUAGAGUGAACAAAACUGUUUUGAAUGAUUACAUUGCAACAGAUGGUUUUAAUACAAAUUCCUAUGAGUGGGUCUUAUGAAUUUACUGGUAACUUUGGCUUCUUUUGAUAUGCAGUAGAUAUGGUCACAUGAAUUCUACUUGAUUGAA